UAGAGACGUCUGGCGCCCUCUAGCGCAUAACACAUAAACAGCGUCAUUUUAGAGGACUAGUACUUCAUCUGAUGAUAAGAAAUUUGUAUUCUUACUCAGUUACAUUUACAUUGGAAAAGCAUAUUUCCAACUUUAUUUUAUUUCAUUUCUCUAAACGUUAGUUAUUAACUACAGUCAUAGGUUCAAAUAAACAAAUCCAUUCCUAAUCAUGUUCAUAUAAGGACUGCAUAUCAGUCGCACUUGCUCUUCAUAAAUUACAAUAACUUUUUUUUUAAAAAAUUAAUAAAAUAAAGAACCUGAUAAAAAAGGGACACAAAUUUAAACAAGGGUUAGAUAUGGUGUGAUGUCGUAAACGCUAAGCUUAAAUAUUAAUCCUAACAUCUUUUAAAAUUGUAAUACAUUUUAAGUCUUGCUGAUAGUUACCAUCUGCAAGUGUGAGAUAAUUUAAAUAAUAAAUGAAUAAAUAAAACAAAGACAUAAACAAACAAACAAAUAAAACAAUGGAAACGCAAACAAGCAACUGAACAAAUAAGUAAUUAAAGCAAGGACACGUAAACAUAUAAGUAAACAAAUAAAUGGAACCAAGGAAACACACAUAUCAAUAAAGCAAACAAAUGAGUAUGUAAGUAAAUAAAGCAAAGAUACAUAAACAAAUAAGCAAGCAAAUAAAUAAAUAGAUAAAUAAAACCAAAGAAACAUACAAACAAACAAAAAAUGAAUGAAUAAAUAAAUAAAUACAUAAAUAAAGUAAAUACACAUUAAAAAAAUAAGCAAACGCGCAAAUAAACAAAACCAUAGAAACACAGAAACAAACAAAUAAAUAAACACGUCCUGACCAUGACAGGUUAAAUAAUUUAACUUUUCUUUUAAAAUAUUCGAGUACAUAUUAGUACGGACACUACUUAAUCUUCACUCAAGUAUACUUUUGCCAAACCACGCCCACUUUAACUGAAUAAUAUUUAAAGUGUAAUUUCUCUACUUUUUCUGCCACGUGCAGAUUUUUUUUAUCCUCCAAAACAACUGGGGGCGCUGUUGGUUUCUCUUUGGCAAACAUCUGGGUAAAAAGACUAAUCAAAGAAGAGAAAAGGCUGUGUUUCCAUCGCCUGCUUAGUUGCUACACAUACAUACUAUAUAUGUUAUUGAUUGGAAUGUCAUUAUGCACUCUAACCUAGUGCUCUAGAUAAUGAAGAGGGAGUUGUAUGGGAUUGAACACAAGCUGCAGCGGAGUAAAGUUGCAUCAUUGGAACCGGAUUUACUUUUCAAUGAAGACUUUCGUCUUAAAAAGUCCGAUUAAAAGUUCAGCGAUUUGGUGUAUCAUACUUAGCAGUGUUUUACGGAGUUUGUUAUUUAUUUUCCGAAAGCAGAACAUUAUCCAGCAUGUCCUGCACAGAGAAUCAUGUGAUUUGGAAAACUGGACCAGUAGAAGCGUAUCUGCAUCCUUCUCCAUGGACACCAGGGGCUACUAUUGUGACCCACAAUGCACCUAAAACCUCAAGCAGUCUUUUCCGCUUACCGCAGUCCUCGUUCCUGAGCCUUCUCCUGGGAGCACGGGCAGUCGGAGAUCUCCUCUGCAAGCGCCUCGGCGUCCAGCGCUGCGCUGUUGUCCACAGACCCGAUUGUGAUGACGGUACACCUGCAAACCUGCUGCUUCUUCCUCUUCAUGGCUUGGAGGACACGUGGAGGCCGCAUCUCGCUCCUGAGGAAGACUUUCAGCCUUACGAUCCCGGCUACAUAACUUCCAAAAGCGGCCCACGCUGGACUGAUGUUAACCUGGAAGCCGUUCAGGAGAGGAUUCGGGCAAAGCUAACUUCUCCGGAUUCCCCUUUUAAUUACACGUUUCUCGGAGAACCGUCACACCCAGGGUUAUUUUCUCGUAUCGUUCGAGGAGAGGAGAAGCAGUGGAGGGUCUGGGAGGACGAAGGCCACGUUGCCUUUCUCACACCAUUCCCCAACACUCCAGGGCUCACGGUGGUGAUUCCACGCAAACCGCUCACCAGUGACAUCCUCCGCCUAGAGGACGGGGAUUAUACAGACCUGUUGCUGGCAACCCGGAAGGUGGCAAGGCUCUUGGAAGACGCGCUGGGAGCAUGGGGAGUGGGGGUCAUAUUUGAGGGAUUUGAGAUUGACUACGCUCACGCUAAACUGGUUCCUCUGGUUCAAUCUCCAGGCAACGUGACGCCGAGUGCUGUGUGUGCAGUACCAGAGUUUUAUGAUGUGUAUCCCGGGUUCGUGAGCUCAGCUAAUGGACCGCCAGCCAGUUCUGAACAUUUAAGACAGAUCCAUGACAAAAUCACUAAAACGUCAUAGGACUGAUGUUUAAUUUCAUGUCUUUUUUUUUUUUUAAAACCUGUUUUCCAGAUCUAGAUAAGUUUCCUAUUUGUGUAAUUAGUUAUUUCUGAUUCCUGGGCUUUCAAACAAGGCCAAGAUCAUGCAAAAGCUCAGGUCAUUGCUUUGACUGGACUCAAUUUCAUAACCUCAGACUUUUAGAUCAGUAAUUAUCCAUGUUUGAAUACCAAAAUAUUUAAACUUUGCACUGAUUUAAAAUUGUAUAUUUAAUUGCUCAACUAAUUAAUGUUAAUGCAAUUCAAAUGUAAUAGUGACUUAAGUUCAGUCCAUACAUGAGUUUUUUUUAUUAUGUUUGUGGCCAAAAAUGCUUGAUUUUGCUGAUUUUCUUUUCUCCAAAUUUGUGAGGCAACUUGCAGUGUUUUAGUGCCUUUUUUUUUUGGCAGAAAACUAAUUGAAUUGGCGUAAUUGCAGUUGCACGUUCUUUCACAGUGAUGUUUGUUGGUAAAUGAGACCUUUUAGCUGUAUGUUUGACGCACGUGAAUCGAAGACGGCUUUGACUGAAUGCGCGUUGUAAUGACGUCACAUGACGCGUUCAUCUGAAGUCAUUUUGAAAAAUUGCAAGCGCUUCCAAAUAUUGUAGAAUUUGCUUGAUUUUGUGUUCAUUUCUGCGAUUAUAUAAUCACAAAAUCUUGAGGGACUGAAUAAUGUCAAUGCAAUUCAAAUGUAAUAUUGACCUACAUUUACCACUUCACUAUAUUAAAGUGAAUAUCCCUCUCUUCCCUGAAUCCAUGCUGUGCAUUCAUUUCAGUUGUACCAUGUUGUAUUUGAAUGCUGGAAUCUGAUUGGUCAGAAAGUGGCAAAUCACAAGUAUGUAUUAAUGUGCUUGUUCUAAUAUGUUUAAUGUUUAACAGAGUACACAGCGGCUUGUAUGGGAGGUACUCCAUAUUAAUGAAAUUGUUGUAAUUGUUGAUCUGCUGAAGCUUUCUAUGAGGAGAUGUUUAUUUAACAUUUUGGAACUCUGGAGUCUCCAGUGUCAGUUUUUCAACACAGGAAAGUCUUCAGGCUGGAGGGCUUUGAGCUUUCUUGUUUUCAUGGCAAACUGUUUUUUUGUUUGUUUGUUUUAAUGAACUUCAAGAGAGAAAGAAUUCAGUUUGGUGAGGGGAUGGCAGUUUCUAGCUGCUUUAACAUAAGUGAUAGCAGGAAGUACUAUUUGUUUGUUUGGCAGUAGUAGUUGUUUCUAAGUGGUUAGAAAGUAUUAUGUGUCAUUGUUUAAUAAAUAAAUCACUGUCAUCAUCAGCAAAUUGUUGUGAUCCAUCCAUUUUUUGUACCGCUUAUCCUACACAGGGUGGCAGGGAGCCUGGAGCCUAUCCUAGGGGACUCUGGGUACGAGGCAGGGGACACCCUGGACUGGGUGCUAGUCUAUCACAGGGUAUAAUCAUGCACGCACACACACUCACACACCCAUUCAGAAAUUCCAGUUAACCUACAACGCAUGCCUUUGGUCUGGGGGAGGAAACUGGAGUACCUGGAGGAAACCCCCAAAGCACAGGGAGAACAUGCAAACUCCACGCACACAGGGUGGAGGCAGGAAUCGAACCCCCAGUCCUAGAGGUGUAAGGCAAACAUGUUAAUCACUAAGCCAUCAUGAUAUUCAGGGUUGACUUCUGCUUUGUGUCGGUCACAUGGGUUCUAGUACAGGGAGGAAUUCUAUUGAGUUAUGAGCCAACAUCAACAGGAGCUGAAGCUGGAGCUACGGAUAUACAGGUGCCACCUGAAAGCUAUGCAUUUCUGCUUUUUCAGCAAAAGCAGCACUCAGACGAGACAUAAGUAAAAUUCAGCCGGUAGAAAAAGUCCAUUCAGGUUGCAGGAAGUGAAUAGAAGUACAUUUGUUUCCAGUAGUAGUUACUUCACUAUGUGCCAGCUUCAUCUUAGUGAACAUUGACCUGUGAGUCAUGAACCUUGUUCUUGUGACCACAAUAGAAAUCAAGUGAGCGGGUCUUUCGUCUUCUAGGUUGCUAAGCAAAUAGAUAAGCUGCUGAUUAAUUAGUAGUCACACCAGACGUUCUUCCUCAUAUUGUCUCCCCAAUUUGGUCCCACCCACUAUCUUCUGAAACACAUGAAAGCCAGCCAGCUGCAUCUUUCCCAACUUCUGCUCAUGCUGCAUUACAGGAAAGCGCUAUCUACCCUCUUCCACAUACGUGAGCUCACAGACACCCACGAUUGGCUAAUGUCGCUGUGAUUGACAUGAGAUGAAGAUGAGACGACGCUGGACAUCUUCCUCUCUGAUCUUUAAAAUCUUUUACUAGGGUUUUCGUGGUAAACUUCUGUUUUCACUGUCUACUAGGAUUUUCUUGUUCGCAAUGCUGGCGCCUUUGCAUGUGAACAUAAGAAAUUGUAUUUUGUAAUGUAGUUGUUUAGGAUUAAAUAAAUUCCAUGGCAUA